AUGGCGAAUCAAGAAAGAAAUACAGAGUCCACCGAUGAUGCAAUGUCAUCGUCUUCGGACUACAAUCUCUCUCUCCCCAUGGACAUCAUCGUCGACAUUCUCAAUCGUCUCCCUGUCAAAUCUCUCGUUCGAUUCAGGUGUGUAUGCAAAACCUUCCGCCACCUCAUCUCUAACCCCACCUUCAUCUCCUCCCACCUCCUCCACCACCGCACCCCCACCACCGCCGCCACCAUUUUCACCUUCAAACACCGCACCACCACCUCCCUCUCUCUGUUACAAUCACCCUCAUCGUCUCAAAACCCUGUCAAUCUGGUCCACCCUUGGUCCAACCACACUCGCAAUCUACACCUAAUCGGCUCCAUCAAUGGCCUCCUCUGUCUCUGUCUCCGUCUCUCGAACCAUCCACUCUAUUUCCAUCGACGCAUCAUCCUUCUCCUCUGGAACCCCGCUACCAAACUUUUCAAAUCUCUCCGCUCUCCCACCAUCCAAAUUCCUCCUACGUGUUUUCACCUCUCUCUUGGGUUCGGAUUCGGAUUCCAUUCUUCUACUUCUUCCAGUGACUACAAGGUCGUCAGGAUAGUUUCUUUCAAUUUACGGGUCCGAGCCGAGGUCUACUCUGCAAUUUCUAAUUGUUGGAGAGAGAUUCGUGGGAUGGAUUUGCACUUUUAUAUCCAUAAAUUGUCUUGUGAGGCGAUUGUCAAUGGAGCUCCCUAUUGGUUGCUCGCAACUCCUUCAAAUCAUUGUUUUCGCUUCGCAUGGUUUGAUUUUCAAAAUGAGGCUUUUGUCAUGUUGCCGGGGCUCGAUUUUUCUGGGUUCUACUUCGGGACUCUUGUCCACUGGAAACUAAUGGAUUGGAAAGAUAAUGCUGCUGUGGUUGUGUUGUGUCCUGGCAACCCAUUUUUUGAUGUGUGGAUGAUAGAGGAUCGUUGUGGCGGUGAGAGCAAUUGGUGUAAGAAAUUUGUGAUUGGACCGGUUUUGGGUGUUGAACAAUUUUGGGUGUUGCAAUGCACGAAGAAUGGUGAGAUUAUAGUAGCAGAAGCAGGGGGAAGGGUGACUCCUGAUGUCCAUUUUCAUAAAGAUUUGGAAUUGAAUAGCUUAGACAAUAUGCAGAUUGUAAUGGCUCUAGAAGAGGAGUUCAAGUUAGAAAUUCCAGAUAAAGAAGCUGAUAAGAUUGACUCCUGUUUUCUUGCAAUUGAGUAA